AUGGAGGCUUAUUACAAUCGGCAGAAUAUCAAGCCUGUGGCAACAGGACCUGGAACACCAUGGCCCAACAGGGCCGAAGCUGCUGUAAGAUUGCUGAAGCAUCAAAUUAAGCUCAUACUUCAGAUCCUGAAGGAUGGUGACCCGCAGUAUAACGGAAUCACCAUGAAGUAUGGCAACCUCGUUCGCCAAGCAUGUUUGGCAAGAAACUCUUCGAUUACCUACGGAGGAGUUACUCCUUUAGAAAUGGCCUUUGGAAGGCGGCCUCGAGAUGUUAUAACACCAGAGAACGCUGAUCCCAAUCAGUUGACAGGUAAUCCAACUGAUACGGAAGUCACUGCGAGAGCCAUUAAGGAGCUUGCCAACAGGGCUUACCAAGAGGCACGCCAAUCUGAUGAUCUGCGCAGAGAUCUUGCGGCCAGACUGUCAAUGACCGAAGGACCUUUCUCUUUGGGAGAUAAGGUUUUCUACUGGUCAGAGGAUAAGUCUAAGAUUGGAUCAACUGGGUCCAAACAUGGAUCUUGGCUAAAAGGAAAGGUGAUCUCCGAACUCGGAGGAUCCAUGGUAGGUGUGGAUCUUGGAACACGCAUCGUCCGCGUCAAUAUCUCAAAACUGAGGAAAAAUUAUGACAUAACAUCUGAUGUGGAGAUUCCUCUCGCGCCUGAUGAGGAAACUCUGACGUCAGAAGGUUCUGACCACGCAAGUUGCAUGGUCACCUUCGAUGCCUCCCUGCAGUCGACAGACCUAACGAUUCCACAUCAAGAGUGUCACUGGCAGGUCACCAGCACUGGGAAGAUUGACUUCCUAGAACUCUACGGCGGAUCUCCCCGCAUGAGUCACAAAGUUUCCUGGAACAAGGUACACCCAUCAACCUUCUCGGGGGUGCUAUUCCAGAUGACAGGCGGCAAGACUUCACCGUCCGUGCGAACACCGCCGGAUGUAAUCAUGUCGGACGAAGAGGUUUCGCCGUCAGACCCGUCAGAACCAAUGAGCACUAAUCGCUCACGGAUCACAUCUGACGAUGUUUCUAUGCCGGAACCAGAUCAGCCGAUGCCUCCCGGCACGCCGCCGUCGCGUCCUCCUCCUCCCAUACCUCCACCGCGACUACCGGCCGUUUCCUCCGAUGAGCCCGUGGCUCCUGCUCGGGCUAAGCCUCGCGUGCAUCCGCCUCCUCGCGUUCCGUCUCCUCGGCACAUCCACAGGGACCCAUUCUUCCGUUACAACAAGAUGAAGAAGACACUGAAGAAGAACUGGUCCCAGACGACCCCGGACAACCGUCCGUAUUACUCUGAUGAGGAAGGUGACUUGGUCGUAGAUGAGAAGGACUGGGUCCUUCUCACAGAAGAACAGUUCCGAUCUGACAUCCGUGAAGAGUAUGAUCUUCUCACGGAAGAGGAGGCAACCGCCAAGGAAAAGCGUGAGAUGAAGAAACAGUUUGAUGAAGCGAAAGCAGCAGAAUAUCAGAGCUGGCUAGACAAUGAUGUCUUUGAGCUCGUCGAUACACGGUUUCCGCUUAGCGAUUCAACUAGGCAGUACAGGCGUACCAUGAGCGACAUCCACACAUGGAUAGCUCUUACCCCGAGUCUCGUCGGGAAGCAUCACGUCGACACACCGAACACGGUGGACACCGAUUUCACAAACGUGAGAAAAAUAACGCUCUACGAAGGAGUCCUUCAAGGACCAUGGGACAACAGUCCCCUUUUAUACUGGGAUAACAACGUGGGUAAUCACGCUCGUGAUCCACGCCAGUUUUGUACGAUGCUUGCACAUCACCUUCAGACUGGCCUCCCACAGGAGGUAAAACAAUGUGUGAGUCUUGAUGCAUCUGGAGAAUAUGACUAUUCCUCCUCAGUGCCAAGACUGACAGAGGUAACAGGUCUCUCACCAGAGAUGUGCUUCCACAUUCUUUCCAAGACCAACAGAGUCGGAAGGUGGUUGGCACACUCAACAAGACACCUUCAGAACCAGCGCCAAGAUCUCUUUGCUGGCCAACACAAUUAUCUUCUGGACAUGUCCAAGUUGGCCGAUGCAGAGCUCGCACAGUAUACACCACAAGAGAUCGCGCUUGGUGUCCUCCUUAACACUAAGUCCAGGUUCGUGGUCACUAUGGUUUAUAACCAAGAUGGCAAGGCCGAAACAACAGAUGCCGCCGUUACCAUCCCACAGGAUGCAAAUGUGCUGACCAUGACCAAACUUUUCCUCUCGGCAGUGGGAGGACACGGUUCACGACGAACUCUACCAAGAGCUGAAGAACCAGAUCCUGAAGAAGAGAGGCCAAGGUCACACAUGACCAUCUCAGACUUCAUGGCAACGGGGAGCAAUCCUGUGCAGUCCCAUGCACAGCGUCUCUCCACUAACGCGCCAAGGCCCGUAGGCAUGGAAGAUUUUGUUCGACAGAACAACCCUUGUUACAUCAUGCAUGCCACGGACUUACAGGCAUUAUCCUCAAUCCUGAGGCAUGGUCUGGUACCAUCAAACCUCCUAUCGCAGGUGGUUACCUCACCAGGUCUUCAAGCUCUCGUGAAUGAAAACAGUCGUUCCAACAGGGACACUGUUCAGUUUUCAACGCUAAACCUGGCGAAUCCUAAUCCGACUUUGCUGCGUGCCAACAAGGCACUGCUUCUAGUAUUCGACGCAAAUAACGUAGUGAACGAAGUCACAAACAUGUGGCAGUCGCAAGCAGGGAUGUUUGCUACACCAGAGGUAGUGCAUGCCCGUACUCUUAGCGCCGUAUUUGCACCCUCUGAAACACUCUGGGUAUCAUCGCAAUACGAUGAGCUCAAGAGCAUCGGACCAUGGUGGGCAGACCACUGCUCCGAACAGAUGCCGUCAGCGACUUACGAGUCGAAGAAAUGGUGCUCAAAUUACGGCCAAGAGAUCGAAUCGACACUUCGCAAGAUGUCAAGGCGAAAUCUGCCUCCAGAGCCUCCCAAGGCUAGAUCUUCUCACAAGAAGUCUUUCUCUCUGCCAAAUACAGAGGCUGACACAGCUCCAAACCUGGAGCAAACCGCUUCUGCAGGUGAAGUACCUCCGAAAACGGAGACUACUGCAAAGGAGAUCCAUCCGAGAUCCAAGCUCGCCCGGCAGGCCGAGGCCGACAAGGAUCCGGACAGUCUUAUGGGACAGCUCUGGAACUCCGACGGCACCAGAAGCGCCACUGAAGUUCUUAAGAUAACGACAGGUCACAAACCUCCAGAACCUGUUCAGGAUACUUCUGCCAACGUAGUUCCUCCCAAGGAAGAAUCUUCUGGAACAGAGACGGAACCUGAGGAACCAGAUCCUAACCAGGAUUGUGACGAAGAAUCAGACGCUGAGUCGGCAUCAAGCGAAAAGAGCGAGAAGAGCGAAAAGAGCUCAAAAUCUUCGUCAUCCUCAGAACUCCGAGUUGAUGUUAAUCCGUCUCACAAGACGAACUCUGCACCUGCAGCGUCAGAGGAGAAGAAAGAAUCUCCCACGGAAGAGAUCACAGAGAAACUUGAGAAGGUCAAACUUGACCAACCAAGGAUGACGAGAGACGAGUUCAUGCAGAUUAUCGGAUAUGACCCACUCAAGGGCAAAAAUCCUGACAAGGAUGGACCCACUGAUGGCUCUUACCUCUCACCAGAGGCGUGCCUGACACUGUCGAACCUCGACCCCUCGCCGAUUCUCUGUGAAUGGAACGGCCAUGUCGAGGGUGAUGAGCCACCAGAGGAAGACUUUGAGUCAUACGCAGAGAUCUUCUCACAAGAAGCAUCGAACGAUCUUGACGAGAUGUGGUGUACAAAAGGGCCUUACAAGGUCAUCACCAUCGCGAUCGUCCAUUUCAACUCAUUCAUGACUCAUAAGGAAGAACAGAGACGCGAACUGGUGAACGCGUUCCUCAACGAGCACUCACAAGUGCGACAUCUUUGCUUGAACAACUCCGACCAGCACAGACUGGCACGUGCAGAUCGUCUACCGGCGGACCCGGCGAAGAAAGUAGCCAUCACAGAUAUGGAAGAUUCUGGGAGUGGCCACAGCCUGAACGUCCCAGCGAGCCUGAAGGUCCUCCUCCAAGAAGGAACAAGAGGACGAAUCCUCCAGCCGGAGAAGAAGAAGGAAGGCAUCGCGUCCACCGUCUGCUCCGAGCGGCAAGGCACUCAGAACAGCUGCUACAGCAGCGGGGUUGUCGGGCUGGACUUCUCCGUCUUCAGCAUCGCGUGGAAUGUGUUCUUGCUGCUAAUGGGCUUACACUGGAUGUGGAAGCAGAUUACCAGGCGAAAGGAACAGUACCUUCUGAUCCUCCAAGACCAAAAGGUCCUACCAGAAGAGGAGGUCAAAAUCGGCGCAUUCAACGAAAGGCAGCUAGAGAAGCCCACAACAGUGGACUCUGCACCUAUGCAGACGCUGCACUUAACGAAGCCAAUCAAGGAGAUGAAAGUGAAAGAUCAUGGGCGUCCUCAGACGGCAACUCCAGCCAGCUCACAAGCUGCUCCAAAGGCCGAGCCAAAGGCGACAACAUCCAACCAUGGAUAUGAUACUGCAGACGCCGCCUUCACCAGGGCUGAGAACAGAUUACUCGGAAUCUUUUCAAGUUCCGAAGAAGAUCACUCAGACCCGGAUGAGCCACAUCCGAACGUCUAUGCUCGAGCCUAUGAUCCAAACCUGGAUCCGCUGAAAGAUAUUCCUACUCUCCUCCUCGAGGACAUGACCCUCGAUCCGGAGGUUCGUGCCGUUGGCGGUUGGAGAGGACCGAUCGCUGUUGCGCGGCAAUCUCCGGAGUACGAGGCCGCCAUGGAGGUCGUCGCGGCAGCGAUGGAUCUUGCGCAAGAGGAAAGCACCCGUGAGGAUGUGCUCGACCGCUACUGGCUCCUGAACGGGGCAGCUUUGGAGAAGCUGCUAGGCAAGGGCGAAUCACAACAGGCGGACAAGAUCUGCCUGCUGGCGAAGGCUUGCAGCCGCCAAUGCUCUUCUUAUCCCAGUCUCGUUCGAGUGCGAGCACCAGCGAAGGUAUUCGGGGACAUCCACGGUCAGCUGCGCGAUUUGCUGCUCCUGUUCGGUCUCUUUGGAAAGCCCUACCACUGUGGUGGGGACAUCCAAACUAUGUCUUACGUCUUCAACGGAGACUGGGUGGAUCGAGGCGAGCAUCAGCUGGAAGUUGUGACCCUGCUCUUCGCACUGCAUGUGCUGUACCCGCAGCAGGUGUACCUGGUUCGUGGGAACCACGAGUUCCGCGACAUGAGCGAGAACAUGGGAGAGCUGGGCUUCCUGCAUCACUGCCAGCAGAGGAUGAAGAAGCGCUGGAGACUCGUUUUUGAGGCCAUCCACAGCGCGUUUGACUGGCUGCCCAUCGGCGCGCUGGUUGGAGACAAGGCCCUGGUGAUCCACGGCGGAUUGGGUGAUGGCAGCUGGGGCUUGCAUGAUCUGGAGCAUGUGAAGCGACCCAUGCAGACCCUUAUGGACGACAAUGCCCUCAAUGCCCUCUGGUCGGAUCCCAGCGACUCCGACCACUGUAUGGCUCGCGGUGUCCAUGCGAAUGAGGAGCGUGGAGAGGGUGCAGGGAUUCACCAGUUCGGACCCGACGUGACGCAGGCUUUCUGCCGGCGCGAGGGCAUCAACCUUGUCAUUCGCUCACAUCAGUUUGUGAGGCAAGGCUUCAAGGUGAUGCAUGGUGGUCACCUGAUCACGCUCUUUUCUGCACGAAACUACCUUUGGGAGGAUGGUGAGGCCUCGGAGAACGAUGCUGCAAUGCUGCUCUUGGCGACUGACCUCAACGGGCACCUUCGCGUGCAUCCGAAGCGCAUUGCUUUCAUGCCGAACCCUGGCCCUCCCAAGCCGAGCUGGUGGGAGAAGACCAUGUCGGACAUCUCUGCCUGUUGGCACUUCAUGGCGACCGGGCAGCGCCUCAACAAGAAGAGGAGGGUGUCGGUGAGAGGAUCCGCUGGCGCCGCGAACGCCGCACAGCUGAUGAUUGUUGAUGCUACCCCUUAUAGCGGGGGUGAAGACGCUGAGUCUGAUAAGCCAUCUGCAAGAACUGUUGCAAGUGCAUUUUAA